CAUGUUUCUGCAGCUUCUGCAGAGCAACAGGUAACAAACACUCUACUGUGUGUGAUGUAAUUUAUACUUAUUGAAACAUUCACGGAGUGAGAGUCUCAGCUGCUUGAGAGAUUGUUGUCAUUUCUGUUUGUAGAUACUUUUUACCGUAAAGAAUUAUGUUGAAUUCAACUUUGUCUUAUUUAGUUCUUGGAGCUUAUUUGCAUGUUGGAAAUUUAAAAUACAUGUGUUUUAUGAUAACUGCAAUGUUGUACCUUGUUAUUUUUAGUGUCAACACUUCUCUGAUUGUGGUUAUCUGUAUGAACAGAAGCUUACAUGAACCUAUGUACAUUUUUCUGUGCAGCCUAUUUGUAAAUGAACUGUAUGGUAGUACAGGGUUGUUUCCAUUCCUUCUGGUUCAGAUCCUCUCUGACAUUCACACUGUUUCUGCUUCUUUUUGUUUCCUGCAGAUUUUUUGUUUGCAUACAUAUGUUUGUAUAGAAAUAUGUAACUUAGCCGUCAUGUCUUAUGACAGAUAUCUUGCUAUCUGUUGUCCUCUGCAAUAUAACACACGUAUGACAUUUAAAAAAGCAGUUAUCUUUAUUAUUGUUAUAUGGUUGUACUGUGUUCUGAUGUUCCUGAUUCCUUUAUCGUUAAACAUCCGUUUGACACGUUGUGGAAACAUCAUAAACAGUUUAUUUUGCCGUAACUACCUUGUUGUUAAGUUGGCCUGUUCUGACACAAAAGUUAAUCAUAUUUAUGGACUGUUUGGUACUGUUCUUGCCAUCUUAGUCCCUCUGCUUCCAAUCCUUUUUUCUUAUGUUAAAAUUCUCAAAGUGUGUUUUUCUGGCUCCAAACAGACAAGACAGAAAGCUGUCAGUACCUGCACACCUCACCUUGCUUCUCUGCUCAACUUUUCUUUUGCCUGCUGUUUUGAAAUCCUUCAGAGUAGAUUUGAUAUGAGCAGUGUACCCAGUGUGCUGCGUAUUAUUCUGUCUCUGUACUUUCUCAUCAUACCGCCACUUUUGAAUCCUGUCAUGUUUGGUUUGCAAAUGUCAAACAUUUUGAACACAUUUAAACAUGUCCUCUGUUUUAAACGUACAGCCUGUCGGAGAGAUAAAAUGUAGGUAUACCAACUCAGUGAAUGUUUCCCAAUAUU